AUGUCUGGCUAUCAGAGUAAGAUCUUGUCUAAGUGGCAGCAGCAGCAGGAGAGGGUCUUGUCUAAGUGGCAACAGCAGCAGGAGAGGGUCUUGUCUAAGUGGCAGCAGCAGCAGGAGAGGGUCUUGUCUAAGUGGCAGCAGCAGCAGCAGGAGAGGGUCUUGUCUAAGUGGCAGCAGCAGCAGCAGCAGCAGCAGCAGGAGAGGGUCUUGUCUAAGUGGCAGCAGCAGCAGCAGCAGGAGAGGGUCUUGUCUAAGUGGCAGCAGCAGCAGGAGAGGUGGCAGCAGCAGCAGCAGCAGCAGCAGCAGGAGAGGGUCUUGUCUAAGUGGCAGCAGCAGCAGCAGCAGGAGAGGGUCUUGUCUAAGUGGCAGCAGCAGCAGCAGCAGGAGAGGGUCUUGUCUAAGUGGCAGCAGCAGCAGGAGAGGGUCUUGUCUAAGUGGCAGCAGCAGCAGCAGGAGAGGAUCUUGUCUAAGUGGCAGCAGCAGCAGGAAAGGGUCUUGUCUAAGUGGCAGCAGCAGCAGGAAAGGGUCUUGUCUAAGUGGCAGCAGCAGCAGGAGAGGGUCUUGUCUAAGUGGCAGCAGCAGCAGCAGCAGGAGAGGAUCUUGUCUAAGUGGCAGCAGCAGCAGCAGCAGGAGAGGGUCUUGUCUAAGUGGCAGCAGCAGCAGCAGCAGGAGAGGGUCUUGUCUAAGUGGCAGCAGCAGCAGGAGAGGGUCUUGUCUAAGUGGCAGCAGCAGAGGCAGCAGCAGGAGAGGAUCUUGUCUAAGUGGCAGCAGCAGCAGCAGGAGAGGUGGCAGCAACAGCAGCAGCAGCAGCAGGAGAGGGUCUUGUCUAAGUGGCAGCAACAGCAGCAGCAGGAGAGGGUCUUGUCUAAGUGGCAUCAGCAGCAGCAGCAGCAGCAGCAGGAGAGGGUCUUGUCUAAGUGGCAGCAGCAGCAGCAGCAGGAGAGGUGGCAGCAGCAGCAGGAGAGGGUCUUGUCUAAGUGGCAGCAGCAGCAGCAGCAGGAGAGGGUCUUGUCUAAGUGGCAGCAGCAGCAGCAGCAGGAGAGGAUCUUGUCUAAGUGGCAGCAGCAGCAGGAGAGGAUCUUGUCUAAGUGGCAGCAGCAGCAGCAGCAGGAGAGGGUCUUGUCUAAGUGGCAGCAGCAGCAGCAGAGGGUCUUGUCUAAGUGGCAGCAGCAGCAGCAGCAGCAGGAGAGGGUCUUGUCUAAGUGGCAGCAGCAGCAGCAGGAGAGGGUCUUGUCUAAGUGGCAGCAGCAGCAGCAGCAGGAGAGGGUCUUGUCUAAGUGGCAGCAGCAGGAGGAGAGGACUUUGUCUAAGUGGCAGCAGCAGAAGAGGACUUUGUCUAAGUGGCAGCAGCAGGAGAGGAUCUUGUCUAAGUGGCAGCAGCAGGAGAGGAUCUUAUCUAAGUGGCAGCAGCAGGAGGAGAGGACUUUGUCUAAGUGGCAGCAGCAGAAGAGGACCUUGUCUAAGUGGCAGCAGCAGGAGAGGAUCUUGUCUAAGUGGCAGCAGCAGGAGAGGAUCUUGUCUAAGUGGCAGCAGCAGGAGGAGAGGACUUUGUCUAAGUGGCAGCAGCAGAAGAGGACCUUGUCUAAGUGGCAGCAGCAGCAGGAGAGGAUCUUGUCUAAGUGGUAG